GGCGGCCCUCCACUGAAGCAGGGAGACCGCCGCCUGUCUUUCACUUCGCUGUGCUGGAAAGUGGCGAUCUCCGUUCAGGUUCCGUUGGACCUCCUCGCCGAGCCCAACUGACCUCUCCCGGAUGACAAGCGCCGGCCGUGACGGGAUAAGGGGACUACUACACUUACGCCACUGCCUUUGGUUGCAUUUAUUGAUAUCAUGACCGCAACAAUGACAAGUUAUCCACCCCAGCAUCUAAUCAGAUGUCCAUGUCGAUAGUCCAGAGAUAUCACAGAAAUAUCAAAGUUGGUUAACCGCUUUUUGUCUCUUGAUGGACUUGGUGAUACUUAAAAGUUCUCCAAGAUGGGCUCAUUCACCAUUCAACAUGAUGGCUAUAACGCCGACGUGGAAAGGAUAAGAGAAGAAGAGUAUCCCAUGCUCAAAGACUCCAUCUACCUCGACCAUGCCGGCACCACCCCCUAUCCCAAGUCCCUCAUGGACCGUUUCGCCCACGAGAUGACCGCCAACCUCUUCGGCAACCCUCACUCCGCAUCUGCUUCCUCCCAACUAUCAACCCAGCGCAUGCAGGAUAUCCGUCUCCGAGCCCUGCAGUUCUUCAACGCCGACCCAGCCGACUUCGACCUGGUUUUCGUCGCCAACGCCACGGCCGGUAUCAAGCUCGUUGUCGAUGCCAUGAGAUGUCUGCCCACGGGCUUUGACUACGUAUAUCACCAAGCGAGUCAUACCAGUCUGGUUGGAGUUCGAGAAGAAGCUCGAAGUAGCGUUUGUCUGGAUGAUCGGCAGAUGGAGGACUGGUUAUCGGGGAGUUGUCCCUUUGACGACAAUGAGGACGAAAGACCAAUAUUAUUCGCCUACCCAGCCCAAUCCAACAUGGACGGCCGUCGCUUUCCCCUUUCUUGGUCUUCCCAAAUCCGCCAUCAGGCUGAGACCAAAACAAACCGAAAAACUUACACCCUCCUAGACGCCGCCGCCCUCGUCUCCUCUUCCCCCUUGGACUUAUCCAACGCCCAAACAGCACCCGACUUCGUCGUCCUCUCUUUUUACAAAAUCUUUGGGUUUCCCGACCUCGGCGCUUUGAUCGUUCGCAAGGAGUCUCAGCAUGUGUUUUCGUCGAGACGGUACUUUGGCGGUGGAACGGUUGAUAUGGUCGUUUGUCUGAAAGAGCAAUGGCAUGCUCCGAAAGAUGGGUUUCUUCAUGAACGGUUGGAAGAUGGGACGUUACCGAUUCAUGGCAUCGUGGCGCUGGACGUGGCGAUGGAUGUGCAUGCCAGGCUAUUUGGGAGUAUGGAGAGGGUGGCUGGUCAUACCGAGUUUUUGGCUAGACGGUUGUAUGGGGGGUUAAAGGGGUUGAGACAUGCGAAUGGUGAACUGGUUUGUCAGAUUUACUCGCCUGACCCCGAUCCGGAGAUGGAGACGGAGGAGGGGACAGGACCGGUGGUUGCGUUCAACAUCCGCAACUCGCAAGGAACGUGGAUCAGUCUCGCAGAAGUGGAAAAGCUGGCGAUGCUAAAGGGGAUACAUAUCAGGACCGGAGGGGUGUGUAACCCCGGUGGCAUCGCCUCUGCUUUGGGACUGGAGCCGUGGGAGAUGAAACAGAACUUUUCUUCGGGGUUCCGUUGCGGAACGGAUAAUGACAUCAUGGGCGGAAAACCAACGGGGAUCAUAAGAGCGAGUCUGGGGGCUAUGAGCACGAUAGCGGACGUGGAUGGGUUUGUUGGAUUUGUGGAGGAGUUUUAUCAGGAGGAUACACUACCUCUCUUGCCUUCGCCAGACAACACGAAACUCCAACCACCACUACGAAACACACCGGAGCUCUUCAUCAAAAGCAUAGUCGUCUACCCCAUCAAGAGCUGCGCCGGCUUCCACGUCCCCCCGGGCCUAGACUGGGAAGUCCGCCCCGAAGGUCUCGCCUGGGACCGCGAAUGGUGCCUAGUCCACCGCGGAUCAGGACAAGCACUCAGCCAGAAACGAUAUCCCAAGAUGGCACUUCUACGACCAAAUCUGGAUUUCACCAUGGGUGAACUCCAAGUUACUUACGCCGGCGACAUCCCACCAUCAUCACCACGUUUACCCCACUCCAUCGCGGUCCCGCUGUCUAAAAACCCACGAAUGUACAGCCCCCGUCGAUCGGGUAUGAUGUCCUCCCGCGUCUGCGGCGAAGAAAUCACCGCGCAGACGUAUGCUUCGGCACAAAUCAACGACUUCUUCUCGACUGUCCUGGGGGUGCCGUGCGUGCUGGCCAGGUUCCCGCCGGGCGGGCAGGGGAAGGGGAUGAUGAGGCAUGCUAAGGCACAUUUGCAGAGGCAUCAGCAGCAGCCUCAGGGUAGUAGUGUGUCUGUUCCGAUAUGUAGCAGCAGCAAGUCAGCAAAGCCGGUGAAACCACGAGCGAUGAUGCCGGGAGCUUUCCCAUCAGCCGAAGUGGUGGAAACACCGCCGUCACCACCGGAUUCAGAUACAGAGCAGCGCUCGGCGACUCCCACAACUGAGGAAGAAGCACAGGGACAGGGACCAAAGCCGAGACGGAUAUUGUUGUCGAAUGAAAGCCCGAUAUUGGCGAUCACGACGGCUAGUGUUGAUGCUCUUAAUGAGUCCAUCGCCUUUUACAACCCUUCUGUGAAAGGACCAAUAUCAGAAGCAGUGUUUCGGGCUAACCUCGUCUUCUCUCCUACCUCUCCCUCCUCUCCCUCCUCUCCCUCCUCCCCCUCUACUUCGACCGCAAAAGCAAAACCCUACGAGGAAGAUACCUGGUCCUCCCUCCGCAUCCUCAACCCCUCCUCUUCUACCGGGUUCAAAUUCCAGAUGCUAGGCUCAUGCAGAAGAUGCCACAUGGUCUGCAUAGACCAAGAAACUGGUCAAAAAAGUAGUGGAGGGGGUGAACCGUUUGUUACGCUAAGUAAGACGAGGAGGUUCGAGGGGAAGGUGUUCUUUGGGGUGCAUAUGGGGUUGGCUGAGGAUACCUCUACAACAGAAAGGGAGGUGAAUAAAGUGGUGAAGGUUAGGGUGGGGGACGUUGUUAUUCCUAGGGUGUGAUGUGAGUUCGGAGUUUUUGUAUCGGAGAUGUUGAUACCCGUACAUACUCAGCCGCAGUGGAUACCUAUCGUGGGACGGGAGUAGUGAUUUGAGUCGGUUGGACUCUUUUGAUAUUUUGGUUAGGUCGUGAGUGACCACAACAAAUCAUAGUAUUUUAGAUACCUGGGUCAUGAUCAAUAACAAAUGAUGAGGGACAAUGCCCAAUAAACCACCCCCGUAAAUAUUCGAAAACAACGGAAAAGAAGGAAGCAAUUCCCACCGAUCUGGUUCACUGAGACCAGCACACGAUAAAUCAGGAUCGCCCCUACAUUCUGCAUCG